AUGAAGCCCGUCAUUCUUUCCCUGUUUCUGGUCUUCGUGGGCCUGGUGGCUGCCUUUACCAAGGAAGACUAUGAGAUCUUCCGUCUUCGUGAUGAAGUCGCCACGGCCGAAGGGGCCAACGUGACCUUUUACGACUUCCUCGGCAUUCGUCCAAAUGCCAAUCACGAACAAAUCACCAAGGCUCACCGCCAGAAAUCGCGUACUCUCCACCCUGACAAGGUCAAGCGCGCCUUUGUGGCCAAUUAUGCCACCGACAAGUCCAAGUCCAAGGCCACCCAGCCAGGCGUUCAUGUCAACUCCGGCCCCUCCAAGCGCGAGAUCGACGCCGCCGUCAAAAAUGCCAAUGCCCGUUCCGCUCGUUUGAACACCGUGGCCAAUAUUCUGCGUGGUCCGGGCCGUCAGCGCUAUGAUCACUUCUUGAAGAAUGGCUUCCCUCUGUGGAGAGGUACCGGAUACUACUACACUCGCUUCCGUCCCGGUCUUGGUUCCGUGCUGGCUGGUCUGUUCCUGGUGUUUGGUGGUGCCGGCCACUACGGAGCCCUGAUCCUGGCCUGGAAACGGCAGCGGGAGUUCGUGGACCGGUACAUUCGCCAGGCGCGCCGGGCCGCUUACGGGGAUGAGAUGGGCAUUCGAGGUAUCCCUGGUAUCGACUCGAUUGGUUCGUCUGCCCCGGCUCCUUCUUCUGAGGGCGAGCCGACUGCCAUGUCGGUGAACCGUCGCCAGAAGCGAAUGAUGGAUAAGGAGAACCGCAAGGAGAAGAAGAGUGGCCGGGCACCAGCUCGUAGCUCGGGAACCUCCACCCCUACCGAGCAGACUGUGGUCUCGACUGGGGAGCGUAAGCGGGUCCAGGCCGAGAAUGGCAAGGUCUUGAUUGUGGAGGCGACUGGAAAUGUUUUCUUGGAAGAGGUCAAUGACGACGGUGAGCGGCAGGAAUUCUUGCUGGAUGUCGAUGAGAUCCAGAAGCCUUCCUUCCGAGACACUGCUGUCUGCAAGCUCCCACUGUGGUGCUUCCGUAAGACCGUUGGCCGAGUUAUGGGUUCUUCUACUGAGGAGAUCAUUGAGGAAGCUGAUGAGACUGAGGAGGUCGAGGCCAGUGAGACCACGGCGACUACGAAUGGCCGGUCCACCCGCCGACGUGGGAAGCGGUCUCAGCGAUCAUAA